AUGGGCUUAGAAAAGACCUUGGAGACCCUGGCCUGCAUCGCUGGCAAUCCUCCGUCAAAGGAGGAUCAGAAAAACGGCUUGCGGACUACGCUGGUGAUAGUACCAGCAAACGCCAUCGACCAGUGGAUCAGUGAGAUUGGGAAACAUUGCGAUAGCGCCGUCUCGCACUAUAAGAGGUCUGAUACCAGGAACGAGGUUGCGCGCCAACACUCACCCAUCUGGAUUACGAGUUACAACGAACUCAUGCAACAUUACCCCUCUGAUAACAUGAUUCGAAAGGCCACGCAAAAUCCGCUCCUGACAGCCGAAGACUGCGAAGCACACAGGCCACAAUAUCUCGGCCCUUUGUUCCAGAUCCGCUUCUACCGCUUGGUUCUUGAUGAGGCACAUGCAAUCAAGAAUCACACCUCUCGACGUAUGCAAUACAGGACCCAAAACACAAAAUUCUUCGGACAUGCCCUUUUUGAGCUUCCCCGGCCGCAUGUUCUGGAACCGAUUAUGGUCAACAUGUCGAGAGAAGAGGCACUUAUCUACAGGAGAGUUGAAGGAAUCCUUCGUCGUAAAGUCUCUAAGCUCUUCAGACGGGCGAAGGAACAAAAUCAGAAAGUCAAAGGAAGAUGGUGGCUCAUCGAAGUGCUUCGCCUUCGUCAAGCAGUGCUGCACCCUUUUCUCCUCGAGAACAUGAUGAAAGACCACUUUGAACCCAAGGACAUUGAAUGGCUCAUCAGCGAACUGUCCAAGAUUCAAACGAGCAACCCUUUCAUUGACCAGAUUGGGCACUGGUGCGAGGAGCAACUACAGGUACGAAGAAGCGAGCAGGGGAGUAAGGCUCCCAAGCAUGAAGGGCUAGACGCCUCCUUCGACAUGAUUCGGCAGCUGGAGAAGGUGAACAAGCACAAGGACUGGGAAAAGAGAGCACAUGACCUCUGCCGGCGAUGCGGGUUUGUACCGGACGACCAAUUUUACCCCAAGUGCGGACAUGUGCUUUGCCAAAGCUGCAUAGAAUCAUACGCGGCAGAGAACAGAAGCUCUACGAUGACUGGCGGAUGUGGUCCAUGCAACGCCUUGCUUGCGAACGUCAGAAGAUCGCUGCCGCCGACCCAGGAUCCCGAGAUUGUAGAAAUUGGCUAUUGGCGCGGGCCCUCAGCAAAGAAACGUCGCGGUCGGGGAGACGACAUCAACGGUAUCCAGCCAACUACCAAAUCCAAGACUACGUUUCUUGCGGACAGCGAUCGGGAAAUCGGCAACAACAUGCUCACCCCUAGCGCGAAAACAUUGGUUCUGAAAUCGAUCCUCCUUGACUGGUGCAAGCGCUACCCAAACGACAAGAUCAUUGUCUUCACCUUGUUUGUCGACGGCGGCCGCAUUGUCGGCAGAAUGCUCCAAGAUGCCAACAUCGAUUUCCUAUAUUACUUUGGGAGCAUGUCUCACGCCGAGAAGCAAAAGGCUGUCAAAGAUUUUGCAGAAAAGAAGGAGAUCCGAGUCCUGGCGCUGAACCUCGCGUGCGCCAACCGCGUCAUCAUCCUCGACAUGUGGUGGAACUCCGCCAUGGAACAACAAGCCUUUGGCCGCGUCUACCGCAUGGGCCAGAAGAAGGAGACGUACUUUGGCCGCAUCCUAGUGCGGAACAGCGUCGACGUGCGCCUGGCCCAGCUGCAGCUGGCGAAGCUCGAGAUGAUUGCGAAGACGAUCAAGGACCACGAUUCGUCUGACAUGGCACUGUCCAUCGAGGACCAAGCGGCUCUCCUGGGUCGCGUGGUGCGGGACGAAGACGGGAACAUCAUUGAGAUUGUGGCCGACUAUGACGACGAAGCCGACACCGACGCCAUUAACGCCACCUGGAAUAAUGACGAGUGGGACCAGGAGACCAUGGUUAAGGACAUUUAA